CCGUGCAGGCCACUCUGAACACAACUGCUGUAACUGCUGACAUUGAGUCUUAAUCCUGGCCAGAAUUUCUUUACCCUGAGCCACCUGCUUCAACUUUAUUGAAAGCAGCCAACCCCAACUGGAGCCCUUUGGGAUGAAAAAUGGAUAUGUAAGUGCUUAAAGUGACAAAGGAAUUUGAAAUUCCAGCAUCUAUAGAGCUGUGGGCUCUAAACUGCCAUCAUGGGGAAUGCAAUGAAAAGUCAGGAACAGAAAAACAAAGUGCCUAACAGCUUGGAAACUUUGUCUAAAGACUGUGACAGCCUUGUGGUGCUCUCUGACUAUCCAUGCCGUGACAUUAGUGAACCAAUCUUUAAGAUGGGGGACAGACUUAAGGGUCUCUCUGAAGAUGGUUGCUGGUGGAAAGUCCGUUCUCUACAAACAGGAACUGAGAACUAUAUUCCCAUUAAUCAUGUUGCAAAGGUCUAUCAUGGAUGGCUGUUUGAGGGGGUUGUGAGGCAGAAGGCAGAAGAGCUUUUGUCAUUGCCUGGUAAUGGCAUUGGAUCUUUUCUUAUUAGAGAGAGUCCAAGGGAAAGAAAUGUGUAUUCUCUCUCUGUGAGACACAGGACCAUCAAGCACUAUAAGAUAUUUCGUCUGAAUAAUAGCUGGUACUACAUCUCACCACGGCUUACCUUCCAGUGUCUGGAGGAUAUGGUCAAUCACUACUGUGACUCUUCAGAUGGUAUAUGUUGUGUUCUCAGCGCUCCAUGUCUGGCUCUAUCCAAACCUGCCCCGAGCUCAACCCAGGAAGUGCCCCCUGUGUUGAUGCGCCAUAACUUGGAUUGGAAGAAAGUUAAUAGGUCACAGUUGAUGAGUCCAGGUGGGCUGGGUCAUGUGGACAACAAAGAUAACAUGAUGAGCUAUGGAGUGAGGAGCAGCAUAGCCACCUAUCUGUCUUUGACAUCAAUACCUGAGCAGUCCAAAGACCGCAAGAAGAAAAGCAAGUCUGUCUAUGUGAUGCCUGACCACAGUAGUAUGGAUAUAGAUGAGAACUGUUAGCACAUGAUCAAAGAUACAGAUGUGUUAACACGUUUUGUUAUGGACAGAUAGCAUUUUUGCACUGUAUGACAAUAUCAGUAUUUUUUGACUUCACUAUCAUACACAUUUCUUUCUUAAAAAUACUGAAUCUGAAAACGAUAUAAUUGGGAGAUGCAGCAUCCGUAUGUUAGAUAAAAAGUUAGUGUGGUACAUGACCUGCUAGCAGUAUUAUUGACAUUUGUGGACGUGUGUGAAUGCGUGAUAAUUUAGUAUACAUUUGUCUUUAUCAAAAAGCCGUCACUGCGUUCUUUUUCAAACUUGUCAGUGGCACUUUUUAUGAAAGUGGAAAACUGAUAUUUCUUUAUUUAUCUUUCAAUAAAUCUUUCCU